GAAAAAUUCGUUAUCGUAGGACCAACUGGCAAUGUUUAUACAGUUACUAUUGCGCAUUUACCAGAUUGCACUUGUCCAGAUUUCAUGAAAGGAUUUAUAUGUAAGCAUAUUUUCUUUGUUUAUCUCAAAGUUUUGGGUGUAAAUCGAGAUAGCACGCUUAUCUAUCAGAAAGCGCUUUUGUCUAAAGAACUUCGUUCAAUCUUUACAAAUGCAAGGCCUAGUCCGGCUGCUCUUAGAAAAAUUCGCGAUAGAUAUAAAAAAUUCACUUCAAGUAACGUCAACGAAAAUGAAAACGAAAAACGUCGACCAAUCGAAGGAAAUUGCCCUAUUUGCUAUGAUUCCUUAGAAGAAAAAGAUCGUGAUAAAAUCGUAUGGUGUAGACAAGGUUGCGGAAAUAACCUUCACAAAGACUGCUUUGAGCAAUGG